AUGCAACAGUUAAGCAAAGUUGCCAUGGAUCAGUGGAACAUCAGUCGGGAGCUGACAUCUGUAGACUCAGACCCUGACCCAAUCAGCGCCGACGUGAAAUAUUUGUUUGACGUCAUCAUUACUUGCGGACUCCACACCAGCUUAGUGGUUUUCGGCUCUGUGACUAACAUUCUGAACGUUAUUAUUUUCUCCCGAAUCGGCGUCAUGGAUAGUAUAACCAUUUCUUUCGUAGCAUUGUCUUUCACAGAUUUUGGGGUUGAAUUCAUGAAUACAGCCGAACGUGUCUGUAUGAUUUUCUCGCUUGUUCUAGCUGCAGAUGAGAGAGAGAUCAACGUUGACCUCGAUGCUCUCGCGUACACUCUGACGUGGUACGCAAAGAUCUCUUACGACAUGUCUGUGUUCAUUACAGUGUUCAUCGCCGUGCAGAAGUGCUGCUGCGUAGCUUUACCUUUCCACUUCAGCGACGUGUUCACGCCAAUCAAAAGCAUCGUCAUCAAUGUGACAAUCGUGUGCGGCUUUCUCGUGUAUCAUCUACCUGUAAUGGCGAACCAAGAUUUGAGAUGGCGAUUUGACCCUCGAACCAACUCUUCGAGACUCGUUAUGUGGGUUACGAAAGAACGAUCUAUUCUUCUCAGCAUCAACGAUUUCGGCAGGAACAUUUACAUUACCGCCUCUCAAGUCAUCGUCAUUAUCUGCCUUCUCAUCCUUGUCAUUAAACUUAGAAAAUCGUCUGCCUUCCGACGCACGGUGGCGUCAGGCGACGAAUCAACAUCGAAGGAGGAGAGUUCAAAAGUCAAGUUUUCUACCCGAGACUUGAACGUGAUCAAAUCUGUGACAUACGUGGCAGCUCUUUUCGUGGCGUGCACGAUUCCGUCUGUAGCUCUGGCUUACUGCAGACAGUUCAUCCCAAAGUUUGAUUUUACAGGUCAUGCCAAUUUGUUCCUUGUCGUAUUUCGCGUUCGCAACACUUUCAUCUACCUUUGCUGCGCCGUCAACAUCUUCAUUUACUAUCGCUUCAAUACUAAGUUCAGGGAAGAAACAAAGAUCCUUUUUCGGCCGUUUCUUCUGCGCGUGCGUCUAAGAAGAGAUCAAAAGGAAGCUGCCAAGGGUGACGAAGGAGAGUAA